UUCCUCAAAUUCUAUAAAAAACGUCAUUGUUUUUUUUUCAUCUGAGUGUAAAAUAUUAGUUUGAUUUAUUUAACAAGCCAAGCUAGCCUUUAUUGUUGUUACGUGUUUAUCAGUGUUCUCAAACAGAUACACAUUUGUAUAACAUAAGUAAAUAACUCAGCAAGAUUAGCGCGGUUGGCCAAAAACAAAUUUUAACGAUUGAAUCCUCGCAAUUGACUGAAUUACCAGAAAAUUAAAUACUCUAUGUGUAAGCAAAGUUUCAUCAUGCGAUCGAAUUUCCCACUUUAACCUCACUUUCAAUCCACUUUUUUUUUUAAUAAAACUGUGGGAAAAUGAAAAGUUGAAAAUAUUUAAUAAACGCUCUCGCCAAGUAAAUAGCAGUGCGGACUUGUGACAUGUUAACAUUAUAAUAACAUUGGCGAUAAUUAAAUAAUGACAGCUAUCCGCCAAAAUUAUUCUCGGAAAGUUUUUAGUGGCAAAUUAGAUAUGCGUUUAGUUAAAUUCCUCUUGGUGUUUCAUUUCGUGUUUGGAGUGAAGUGUCAUCGGCUAUUGGUCCUCUUUGCCGACACGGAGUCACGAUAUUUUAGGGAUAGCGUUGGCAAAAGGGCUUGCCGAACAUGGGUUCGAUGUCACCUACGUGGGACUUUUUAGAGAUAAAACUCCUCCGACGAACUAUCGAAAAAUCGUACUCAACGGAUUUUUGGAAGAGUAUCAACGCACGUCCGUCCUCCAAAUGAACUUCCCAAAGACUUGAAGGAAUUUAUGGAUAAUGCCUACCGGAUUCCACUCUCAAAACAAUUUCAAAAGUUUUGGGAUCCAGACAGAAAAAAAUCCUUUGGAAGUGGCCACUCGAUACUUUGCCAGAGCAGCCGAAGAACGUUCAUGUAUCAAACUGGUUUCCUCAACAAGAUAUUCUGGCUCAUCCGAAUUUGAAACUCUUUAUCAUGAAAUGUGGACUUUUAAGCACCAUCGAGAGUGUUUAUCAUGGGGUGCCUAUUCUUGCAUUGCCAGCAAUGGGAGAUCAAAAAUUAAACGCAGCGCAUGCGGAAACCCUUGGGUUGGGGAGGAAGCUGUAGAAAUUACCGAGGGGAGUUUUAAGGACGCUUUGAAUGACGUUCUUGACAAUCCCAAGUAAUUCAGUAUUCUUGCAUAUUAACAGGCACGUCCGCAAUGCUGGAAUGAAAUUUUGUAUGUAAAUUUGUUUUUUUUUGUUGUUAGAUAUCGAGAUAUCGGUCAAGUGUUCUUCAUGAUCGUCCGAUGAACAUCAGUCAACUGGCAGCUUAUUGGGUGGAGUAUGUGAUUAAGCACAAGGGUGCGCCACAUCUUCGUGUUGCUGGUGCCCGGAUGCCUGACUUUUAAUUUUCACGCUGUUUUCCGUAUCUUUUGCAAUCACUAAAAUUGUUGGAAGAAUAUUGAGGAGGAAAAUCAAACUUAAAAAGAGUUAGCUAUAAUAUAUAUAAAUUAUAAAUUUUAACAUGCUAGUGGUUAGUCAAUAAAAAAAAAGAAUAAAGCAACAUUUUAAGAUUGUGAAUUUUUCUUAUCAACAAAUAAACGUAUUGAUUUAUAUUCCUGAUUUUAACAUUUAUUCUAGGAAAUCUUCAACAAAAGCCUCUAAAAUGUUGCCGGUGGAAUAAGAGUUAAUGAAUUGAAUUGAAUAAUCACAUCAUCAUCAAAGUUAUGAUGAGAGAAUAUGGUCCGACACUCAAUGUUAAAAAGACCAGGUAUAUGAUUGUUACCAAAACCGAAGCGCUCAAUGAACACAUGUGGAAGGUGAAGCCGCUGCGUCCUUUAUGAAGAUCAAAAAGCUGCUCUGUAGCCGCGAUCUGAGCCUGAACGUAGGAACACGGAUGCGCUAAUGCUUUAUUUCCCCAGUCCUUUUAUAAGGUGUAGAAACUUGGACUCUCAACGCAUACUGCGAGCGAAGACUAGAAGCUUUCUAGCUGUGGGUCUACCAAAGGAUGUUGAGAAUACCGUCGGCAGAGCAUGUGACCAAUGUGGAGGUUCUGAGAAGAAUGGAGAAAGAUGUAGAAAUCCUGCAGGAAAUGAAAACGAAAAACUUGCAAUAUCUCCGCCACAUCAUAAAAGGUCCUCAAUAUGAUAUCCUGCAACCCACAAUCCAUAGAAACAUGUUAGGAAAAAGAUCUGUUGGAAGGAGAAGAAUAUUUUGGCUCAGAAAUCUGAGAAAAUAUUUUAAUGUCUCGUCAUCUGAUUUAUUUAAGGCCGUAGCUUUUUAAAGUAAGAAUAGCGAUUACGAUAGUCAACCUGCGAAAUGGAGACGGUACAUGAAGAAGAAGAAACACGAGAGUUGGGAACCAAUUAUUUUUGGGCCGGAUGGCGAUGUGGCGAUCCAUUAAGGUAUCCAUUAAGACAUGUGUGUAGGUUUCCGUAAACAGAAUUACCAAAUGUUUAAAAUAAAAAUGGCAAAUUCUCAAUAUCUUAAGUUUCUUUUAACAAAGUGAAAUGCUUCCAAUUUUUUAAACAAAAAUGUAGGUAAUUCAAACUAAAUAUUCAUCCCUUCAUUUUAAAAUUUUAGAUAUAGGAAAUUGAAUUGAGCAUAUACCGGUUCGUUUUAAACAUAUAUAAUUCCUCUAUUUAAAUGAGCAUAAUUUUAUAAUGAAUUUUUGCUAGUUUUUAAUUAAUUAGAUAUUUACUUAAAAAUAUUCAUAUAUUUCUUUCAAUCAAGCAUUCCAUCCAAGAAGUUAUACCAAUUUUAUAUUGAAAUGGUAAUUUUACCAUAAAAAUGGAGAUAUUUUUUAAUAUAAUUUCAUAAUUUUGUUUAGACCAUUCUACAAAUUGAAACUGAUAUUCUGGGAGAUAGGAAAAUAUAUGCAAAAAAUAUAAAUAGUUUUACGACUUAUCUUUAUCGACCUAUAGAAUAAAGGUAGUUAAGAAAUAUAUAAAAAUGGGCUUUUUCAGAGGUAUUACAUUAAUAAUUACGACAAAAAUAAAUUUCUACCAAGUUUAACUUUUUUUUGUCCAGCUUAAGAAGUGCAUGAACAUGUUAAUUGCUGCUACCUAAAAUUAAAAACUAUACUUAACCUAAACAAAAUUAUAGCACAUAUUUUUUUCCUACCCUACCCUAGAAUACAAUAAUAGCAUAAACAAAAGUACUUCAACACUUAUGAUAUUUCUUGGUCUGUAUUUAGUUUUGUAAAAAAAGAAGGAUCCAAAAACCACACUCGAAAUUUUGGUACUGUAUCCAAUAACCCGCAUAUAUUAUUACGUAUAAAUAAUUUUCAUUAUUAUUGAUCACCUCCCUGGCUUUCAGCCUGCACGAGAACUUGCCACUAGCCGGUGCAUAUUUCAUCAAAUUUGGAUGUUCACCAGAACAUUGUUAAACAGAUAGCUACAUUCAGAUGUAUUUGGAAAAAAUCUCUACUGCGUAUAAUGUACUUAAAAGAUAUAGGUAGUAAAUGUAGUAGUAAUAGUGUUCUAGAUAUAUACCUUUCAAAACUUUUAUAACGGACUCUGGAGUUUCCAAUUUGAUUGUUUUACAACCCUUACACCUUACACCGGUAAAAACGGAAACUGCACUGAAAGUUCGUAUGAACAUUCGUUACAUUUCGUUGUGUACCCCCAUAUGCGAUCAACUCAAACCAAACAGUACUGAACUAUUAUAUACUAUAAUGGAAAGUAUAUUUUAAAAGAAUUUUCAAAUUGACGAUUUUAAACUUAUUGCAUCAACGAUAUCAUAAUUUUGAGACAUUUAUUUUGUAAACUUACUUAGAAUACGGCACCCUUAAAACAAAAGUAGUACAUUUUGAAAAUAGAUAUAUUGUUUCUCCCACUAAAAUUAUAUAUCACCAUUUUAAGGAGUCAACACUUUCUAAAUAAAAAGAUGAUGCAAUCCCAGAAGGAGAAUUGGCAAUUUAGAAAUAAAAAUUUGAAACAUAUUAAAAAACAAAAUUAUUUGUUACAAUGAAAAAUAUAUCUUGAAAAUAUCAUAUUCAUUUUUCAAGCAUAUUGAAAUUCUGAAUUUGUCUAUGCAUAAAUUUAUUUGCGAUGACAUGUGUCAAUUCGUUACUUGAAAAUUAUGUUCCAGUUAAGCAUUUUUCAAUUAAGAUGAGGAGGUCUGACUCCAGAAUAGGGAGUCUAUUAAUGAGGAACUCUACGUCAAAACUAACAAGGAUAUGCUUUGCAUCUAAAGUAAUGGCUUAUAAUUGUUCAAUGAAAGUAUUAGCUUUCCCUGUAAAGGGUUUUAAUAUACAAGAUAGAAGAUGGUUGAAACGCUUUUUAGAUUUUGUUUCGCUACUUCAUGCUUAUGAUAUCAGGCGGGUUCACAAGUCCUGCUCGUAAUAUCGAAGUAACUGAUUUGGCACGAAAAAAUAAUGUUCGCUUACUCUCAGUACCGCAGCACUCUAACCAUAAAAUCCAGCUUUUGGACAAACUGUUUAUCGUUCAUUCGAAAUCUACUUUCAGGUCCUUCAAUUGCUCCCGCUUUUAUAACAGCAGAAAAUGUUAGUUGUCCAAUACCGCGUUUAAAUAAAACAACAAGCAACAUGGGAAGAAAAGCUAGCAAGGCUGCUCUAUUGACGACUUCCCCAUACAAACUUUAAUUAACUUAUCAUUUAAGGGAAAAAAAUAAAUAAAUCCCAAGACAAAUAAAAGAGUACAAGAAAUUUUAGGAAUAAAGUCACCUAAGAAGAGAAAACAACUCACUGAUGUAACAGAUGAAAAUCUGAUCCUAUAGCCCAAGAAAAUUCAGCAUGUUUUUAUCGUGGUGGCUUGUUUUCGAAGGAUGCUUGUGGUGAAUUAUUAGUAUAAAUUUUUAUAUGCGAGUUUUGUAGUAGCCGUUGAGUUUUGAUGUAUUUGAUUAUUAUGACUACACUAGUUUUUAUAGAAACAGAAUGUAAGAAUGUAAAAAUCAUUUUAGUUCAUAUUAAAUACUAGUGGUCCGUAUUAUAAGACCUUUUUUAAAAUUUUAAAUGUUUUAAUAUUUUUCAGAAGCUUAGUUUUUGUUCAUUUCGUUUUUUAAAAGAAAAACUAUUAGUAAUACACUGUCGCAUGUGUGCUUGACUGACUGGAAUAAAAAACUAACUCUUGGACAUUUUUUCUUUAAUUUUAUUUAAAAAAAUCUUUACAGUAGUCCACAUUUAGAAAACCGAAUCUACAAAAACAUCAAAGAAAUAACGGGAGAAAAUAAUAAAAAAACAGCAACUAAAGGAUGGGGGUGGAACACUUGGAAUAUAGACUGAAUAUAAAACGGCUUAAAUGCAUAUGCAGAAGAGGGACCAGUACUAUUAAGGGAAGAAAUCGAAUAUGCAUAUAAAAACAUCAAAAAUGGUAUAGUAUGGACAGUGGACCCGAUUAUAUCCCAGUAGAACCGCUUAUGCUUAUGGCCGAUGAAUCUAUUGCGUCACUUCUAGAACUCUUUAAUACCUAUCCACAACUACCAAAGAAAUGGCUUUAAGUCCAUAGUUAUAGCAAUUCCGAAGAAAGAAAAUGCAAACGACUGCAAUAGCUCUGAUGUGUAAAGUUGUUUUUAGAUAAUCCAUAACAGUAUCCACAAGCAUUGACUCGGCUUAAACAUUUUGACUUCGAAAUGACAUUUGAUAUGAUAAAGAUUUUAGGGUUUAAGAAUAGAGAUAGAAAUAUUAGAAUAAUCAGACAGUUAAAGUUGAGAAUGAGUUUACAGAGGAGAUCAGGCGCCAGAGUAUUCCAAAGGAGGCCAAUUGCUAGGGAAAAGAGGGGUCACACGCACACAUCCAUCAUGGCAUUUAAAAAUUAUCAAGGCCAAGUGAUACUCAAUGAUUGAACAAUGACUGAAUAGUGGAAAGAGUACUUCAACGAACUUCUGAAUGUAAAGCAGAAGGAAUCAUACUAAGAAGAAAUAUAUUCUACAGUGAACCUGGCACUAAAAGGACCCUAAUUGAGGGUUUUAAUUAAACUAAAGAACUGUAAGGCACCUGGUUUGGACAACACUGUCACAGAAUUCCUAAAAUAUGGAAUAGACACACUCCAUUGUCAGACUCAGUAGUAGAAGAAGUGUAGGUCGACGAAAGAUAUUUUGGCUGCGGUAUUUGAGUGAGUGGUACCACUGCAGGUCCAGUGUAUUAUUCACAAAAGUAGCCAAGAGAAUGAGGCUAGGCAUGACGAUAUCUAACCUCUGCUAGGAGUGGUUUCAGAAGAAGGAAAAAAAGGAAGGCAAAUUAUUUUGUAGCAAUAUUUUUUAACUCUUUGUAAAAUGUUUCUCUAUUUAUAAGCAUGCUCGCACUACAGUUUGUGGAAUUUCUAAAUUUUACAGUAUCUGGUUACAUCGGAAGUAUAUCUUUUCAAGUAAAUAGGCUUCUCCUUCAAUCAUACAGGUAAUCCAAACUUAAAAAUAUAUAUUUUUCCUAAACAACUAACCCACACAUGGCCAACAUACGGCCCGCGGGCCACAUCCGGCCCGCGUAAUGAAUUUAUUCGGCCCGCGAGUAAUUUUUCAAUAUUUACGUUUGCCUGACACUUACAUAGUAUUAAUCAAGUAAAUUAAAAAUAUUUCUGGUUUUUCAUAUGAAUUAACAUUUUCGUGCUUAUUUGUUAUCUGUAAACACACUACAAACUCUAUAAUCUAUGUAUUUGAAGUUGAACAGUACGCCAGUUCAUUCGAUGCUUUCCGUAAGUAGCAAACUUGUUAAUAAUAACUUGGUCGCUUGGAAGUUCGUGCUUGCCUGGCAGACACUUGGUGUAACCCUGGCAGACGCGUGCGCGGCCCGGGGUAAGCCUUAUUUCUACUAGAAAUAAGGUCCACCGAACCUGCGCGUCCCCCCACUAGGGUUAUAAAUAUCUUAAAAUAUCUCUAGUAGCCGGUUGUUUUCAGGCUUUAGUGCUCGCUACCACCCAGUGCAGUUUACAUCAUCGGCUCUGCGUUAUUUGUAUUAUAUUAUAUAUAUUAACUUUUUAAUUUAUUUAUUAAUUAAUAAGGUAUGUUACAUAAUUUCUGUUUAUAAAAAAAAUUUUAUAUUAAGAAAUAUUUUCAUCCCUAGGAUGGCUUCUAAAAAACGAAAGGUUGAUACAGAGUGUCGAAAUUUUAAUGAUGAUUGGAAAUGGAAAUAUUUUUUUACGGUAGUUAAAGAGAAAGCUGUGCGUCUCAUUUAUAACUCUAGUGUGGCAGUUUUUAAAGAAUACAAUUUAAAAAGACAUUUUGAAACGAAACAUGAGAAUUAUGCAAACCAUUUAAACGAAGAAGACCGAAAAAAACAACAAAAUAUAUUUGUAAAACAAAAUCGCUUGCAAGAUUCGGUGACGGAAGCAAGUUUUUUAAUAGCCAAACGUAUUGCUGAAUGCGGAAAACCUUUUUCUGAAGGAGAAUUUUUAAAGAAAUGCAUGUUGGAUGUUUGUAACGUGUUAUGUCCAGAACUUAAAAAUAAAUUCGAAAAUAUAAGCCUAUCUAGGUAAACUAUUGCCAGAAGAGUAGAAGAUUUAAAUGUGGAUAUAACUAACCAAUUAUUAUAUAAUAUAGAGUCAGCCAAUUUUUAUGCAAUAGCUCUUCACGAAAGUUGCGAUGUAAAAGAUACUGCACAAUUGUUAAUUUUUAUCAGAGCUAUAAAUGAUGAUUUCAAAAUCUUGGAAGAAGUUUUAGAAAUUGUUCCAAUGAAAGAUACAACAGGCGAAGAUCUGUUCCAGGAAAUUGAAAAGUGUUUUUUAAAGUACCAUAUUGACUGGAAAAAAUUGGUGAAUGUUACAACAGACGGAGCACCAAACAUGACAGGAAAAAAUAUUGGAGUAAUUAAACGCAUUGAAGAUAAAAUUUUCGAAAUCGAUCCCGAUCAUAAAAUUAGACCAAUACACUGCAUUAUUCAUCAACAUGUCCUAUGUAAAAAUGUUUUAAAAAUCGAUCAUGUUACCAAAAUAGUUGUAAAAUUAGUAAAUUUCUUAAGAGCCAAAGGAUUAAAUCAUAGGCAAUUCAUUGAUUUCCUUGAAGAACUUAAUACCACAUAUUCCGAUGUAAUAUACUACAAUAAAAUCCGUUGGUUGAGCUUGGGAAAAGUAUUAAAGCGUGUGUGGGAGCUUCAAGAGGAAAUACGAAUUUUUUUAGUGCUCAAAGAAAAUGAGGAGUUUCCUGAAUUAACGGAUCCAGAUUGGCUUGGUGAUUUUGCUUUCUCUCUAGACAUCCUCACAUAUUUAAACGAAUUCAACACAAGUUUACAAGGAAAAAAAAUAUUUGCUUAUGAUUUAAUGUGGAAAUUAAAAGCUUUUAAAAUGAAACUUCUACUUUUUUCCACAAAUCUUGCUGAAAGCAAAUUUGAUCAUUUCCCAUCCUUAAAGACCAUUUCCGCAAUAAUUUUAAAAGAAAAAGCUCAAAUGUAUACUGAAAAUAUUCUGGCAUUACGACUUGAUUUUGAAAACAGAUUCGAAUGUUUUAACAGAAUAGAUAAAAUAUUGUCGAUUGUUAGAAAUCCAUUUACUGCAAAUAUUGAAGAAGCUUCUCCAGAUAUUCAAUUAGAAUUAAUUGCAUUACAGUGUGAUCAAUUAUUGCAUGAUAAAUAUCGAGAAGAGGAAGAUAAUUUGUGUAAUUUUUAUAAGCAAUUGGAUAGUAAAAAAUACGUAAAUCUAAAAAAUCUUGCCAAAAAAUAUUUAAUAAUAUUUAGUUCAACUUAUAUUUGUGAACAGACAUUUUCUUUAAUGAAUCACAAUAAAAGUCCUACAAGAUCGAGAUAAAAUGAUUUACAUUUGGAGGCUGUAUUAAGAUUAGCCACCACAGAAAUUAAACCUGACAUUAAAAAGAUUAUAAACGAGGCAAACCGCCUCAAUAUUUCUCAUUAAUUAUUAUAGUAUAUUUGUUAUUAUUAAAAUGUUUAUUUUGUAUUAUUCUAUAUAGAUAUUUGCUGUAAGUUACCUAUGAUUUAUAUGUAUUCAUACAUAGAAGCGUAUAUAUAUAUAUAUAUAUAUAUAUAUAUAUAUAUAUAUAUAUAUAUAUAUAUAUAUAUAUAUAUAUAUAUAUAUAUAUAUAUAUAAAGCGAAGGACAGUAACGGGGCUACUGGUAACACACAAACAAACUGUUAAUUAUUGGGACCACCCCAACUUCGAUGGAUCGCGGUAAAGGGAGCAAUAAAAGAUGUUGAAGCUCAAAGCAAAGUGGCAAUUUAUUGUAAUAUCUAGCUUUCGCCCAUGGAUACAGGCUUCAUCAGGACACUAAGUCAUAUAGAGAACAAAAAAAAACACUUCAUCAGAGUUAACAAUCUAACCAAAAAAUAGUUAAAAAACUUACACAACACGCCUCUUUCAACCUCUACAUAUAGAGAGAUGACAUUGGUAUAUAAAAUAAAGUGUUUCGCCCGUUAUAACUAUCAACAUAACACUCGAUGGAUGAGAUUUAUGGAAAAAAUUUACAAUUGUAAAAAAUAUUAACCUCCACCACAACGUUACAAAACAAUCCCACUAACAUAAAACGUUAAGGUCAAUAAAAUAUCCGGAUUGAUAAAAUAUUAAAAGAUGAAAAAAAAACAGCCGAUUUGUUACAAAUGACACUCCGUAUUGUCGAGAAGGAAAACUAAAUGUGCGGGAACUUAUUAACAAUUCGCAAUAACCUAAAAAAGCCACAACCAAAAAUCAGUCAAUGAUACCAACUGUACAGUCAACCAUAACACAUGUAAAACACCAAACAAGGGAGGGAAUUUUAAACAGAAUUCUUUCAAAUAUGCACCCAUUGUACACUAUUUAUAUAACUAUGUUUACAUUAUUGAAGUUAACGUUAAGGGUAAUUAGAAACAAUCCUUUAGGACGGGGAGAAAGAAACAAAGAAAGGAAACUGUUUUUAAACAUUAAUAGCUAUCUUUAACCCUAAACUUAUUGAAGCUACUAAAAGACUUAUAAAGAAUUUGACUGAUAAAUUUAGCUAAGGGUUGCGUCGACGCACCUACACAUGAAACAAUAGGGCGUAAAGGGUAACCAUCUUUAUGUAUCUUCGGCAACCCAUAAUAUUUGGGGCAGACACCAUUGUAGGUUUUGAAGUUACGAGCCGUGGUAUCAUCAAUAUAGCCAAGGUUGUUAAUUUUCUUGAUAAUAUUAUUGCUUUGCGUUUCUAUUGAAUGUGUAGGGUCCCUUAUUACAGGUAGGUAAGUGUUAGCAUCAUUUAAUAAUAAGAGAGAUUUUUCUAUGUAAUCUUCUUUAGUCAUAGCCACCGUGACAUUACCCUUAUCAGAUUUAGUGAUAACCAAGUUAGGAUUAGCUUUUAAAAAUCGUUUCGUACGACGCUCUAUAUCAUAUGUAGGUGGGGCGACACUAGCAACAACACUAGAAUUAAUGUAAUUAGUGAUGAGAUUAGUGGCCCUCGUUCGCAGGAGGUGUCGUUUUUGUUCAUCUGAGUUCUGGAUAAUGAUUUCUACCUCAGAGAGUAGUUUAAAAAUAUCUAUAUGUUGAGGUGACACAGGAAGGCUAAAUUUAGGACCAAGCGAAAGAAAACCCCUAACAUCAUCAGGAAUCUCAAUAUUGGACACAUUCUUGAACUAAUUAGAAUUGUCAGUGGUAUAUAAAUCACUACUAUUAGCUUUUCUUGAUUUUAACUUUCGAAGGUUAGACUUUUUUAUCUUGUUUAAUUUACAUUGGUCAUACUUCACAGAAGUUAAAAAAACGGCUAACACUUCAUAAAAGUGAUUGUAAGUUAAAACCAAAUAUUAUUAGUUUAAGUGCUCAUGUCAAUGAUACCGGACAUAGUGUCAUGUACGAUGAAGCGGUAGUAUUAAAGAGUGAAAAGAACCUCUUCAAACGUAAGUUUUUAGAGAUGUAUUAUAUUAACUGUUGUAGUAAUAGCCUCAACAGAAAGAAGGAUGUUGAGGGUCUUAGUAGCAUCUACACCUAUCUUCUUAAUCAGAGUCGUACUGCGAAGCAUAAGCUACCAGAGUUUUUUGAUACGGUCAGGUUGUAGUGGGUUGCUAAAUUUGUUGCUAUUAAUGUUUAAAAACAGUUUCCUUUCUUUGUUUCUUUCUCCCCGUCCUAAAGGAUUGUUUCUAAUUACCCUUAACGUUAACUUCAAUAAUGUAAACAUAGUUAUAUAAAUAGUGUACAAUGGGUGCAUAUUUGAAAGAAUUCUGUUUAAAAUUCCCUCCCUUGUUUGGUG